AUGGCUGCCCUUUUAGCUGCUCGAUUGAGCAAUAAUUUGGUAAAAAACUUAAAGUUUAAACUUACACAAAAAUUUUGGACUGAUUCAUCCAUCACUUACUUCUGGAUUAGAGGUUUACCCAACCGAUUUAAACCCUUCGUAAAAAACCGCGUUGUUGAGAUUCAACAAUUAACAGAUCCUGAACAUUGGUUCCACUGCCCCGGCAAAGAAAACCCGGCAGACUUAGUUUCGAGAGGACUGAAAGCAUCCGAAUUGAUUAACAACACUCUUUGGUGGGAAGGACCCCCUUUCCUCAAAAAACGUGUUGACAGUUGGCCUCAGACUUUUGAAACAUCCCCGGAAGAAAAUCUUUUGGAAUUCAGAAAGAAGAAAGAGGAAAUUCCAAAAAUUGAAGAAGCAGAAGAGUUUUGGGUCAAAUUUGAGCAAAGAAAAGCGUAUCAUUCAGAAAUAUUGGCCUUAGAAAGUGGAAAAGAAAUUGACAAGAAUUCUUCUAUUAGAAGUUUUGCCCCCUUUUUGGAUGAUAAAAAGGUUUUAAGAAUAGGAGACAGAUUGGAAAAUUCGGAAUUUGAUCUUGAACAAAAACACCCUAUCUUACUUCCUAAUAAAUGUAAAUUUACAGAACUGUUGAUUAGAAAUGAACACGAAGGAAUAUUUCCUGGUGGUGUUUCUGCCACCCUUCCUAAAAUUAGAAAUCGGUUUUGGAUCGCUGGAGGUCGGCAGCUUAUAAAGAAAAUAAUAAAGAGUUGCAUAAUAUGUCGCAAAUAUUCAGCUCUACCUGCUAAGCAAAUAACCAGUCCCCUACCUAAAGAUCGAGUUUCAGAAUCUCCACCAUUCUCAGUUUGCGGGGUGGACUUUGCAGGUCCGAUAUAUGCUAAAACAUCGAACACUCCUGAAAAAGCCUAUAUAUAUAUUAUGGACGUCCCUGUCCAUGGUGGGGAGUUUGUAGAAAUACUUGUUAUUGAACCACCGAUAGAUGGCGGAGUUUAUCAUUAG